AUGUCAGCCCACGAGGAGGUUAGCAUGUCAGCCCACGAGGAUGCUAGCAUGUCAGCCCACGAGGAGGUUAGCAUGUCAGCCCACGAGGAUGCUAGCAUGUCAGCCCACGAGGAGGUUAGCAUGUCAGCCCACGAGGAGGUUAGCAUCUCAGCCCACGAGGAGGUUAGCAUGUCAGCCCACGAGGAGGUUAGCAUGUCAGCCCACGAGGAGGUUAGGAUGUCAGCCCACGAGGAGGUUAGCAUGUCAGCCCACGAGGAUGCUAGCAUGUCAGCCCACGAGGAGGUUAGCAUGUCAGCCCACGAGGAGGUUAGCAUGUCAGCCCACGAGGAUGCUAGCAUGUCAGCCCACGAGGAUGCUAGCAUGUCAGCCCACGAGGAUGCUAGCAUGUUAGCCCACGAGGAGGUUAGCAUGUCAGCCCACGAGGAGGUUAGCAUGUCAGCCCACGAGGAGGUUAGCAUGUCAGCCCACGAGGAUGCUAGCAUGUCAGCCCACGAGGAGGUUAGCAUGUCAGCCCACGAGGAUGCUAGCAUGUCAGCCCACAAGGAUGCUAGCAUGUCAGCCCACGAGGAGGUUAGCAUGUCAGCCCACGAGGAUGCUAGCAUGUCAGCCCACAAGGAUGCUAGCAUGUCAGCCCACGAGGAGGUUAGCAUGUCAGCCCACGAGGAUGCUAGCAUGGCUAAAGCUUGGACUUCCACAGCCCAGUUAGCUCACCAUUGUCCAGCAUGGUCAUGGUGAGCAUGUCACCACACAACCAACACUGCUGAGUCUUCCCCUCUACAGUGAUCAAUGGAAAAGUGGUAUGGACAGUGUAUUCAUACCCACCAUGGUAUUAUGUAUAAUGAUUUAAUGUUUUCCUUCCUGCCUUGGUAGACCAGGUUUAUGUUAGCUGAUUCAAUGGAUUCAAAGCGUUAGUCCGGGUCACUAUUGGUUAACUAUUGAACCUUUUUGCACUAACUCUUUUGACUCAUCACGUACGCUGCUGUUUAUUGUCUGUCCUGUUGCCGAGUCACUUUAUCCCGACCUAUAUGUGCAUAUCUACCUCAAUUACCUCGUACCCCUGCACAUAGACUCAGUACUGGUACCCUGUGUAUAUAGCCAUGUUAUUACCUCGUACCCCUGCACAUUGACUAGGUACCGUGCUUCUACAUCUGCAUUGCUUGGGGUUUUAGGCUGGGUUUUCUGUAUAGCACUUUGUGACUUUUUUUGGGGGUCACAUUAACCCUGUGUUGUGUUAAAUGAUGCUAAUGUGAUUGCACUAAUUUUCACUUAAAUAUGUCGGGCAGUGGUGUAGUGGAGGUUAUAUCCACAUUUUUUUCAAUGGGCAUUGGUAUAUUCACUUCUUAAUCCCCACUGAUGGGUGUCAAAGUAGUGUAGUGGAGGUAUACGGCGUACCAAUUAUGUAGUACAAUAGUAGCCUACACAUAUCACGUGAAAUAUAUGGCAAAUAUGGGUUUGAAAAGUGCGAGUGUGAAACCAUAGGCCUACAUUAUUCAGCACCACGGGCAGGCCGGCGCUGGCUGAGCCCGCAAAAGUCGGACGAAAAGAUUUCAGCACCGGACUGCCCCGCACUCUGCUCGGUUCUCCGACUCCUGAUAUUCGCCAUCACAACGAGAAUUGUGCAUUUAUUUCUCAUGUCUCAUGA